AAGCGUUUAAAAUCUUCACCCAUUGUAUGCAAGCGGCUGAAGAGAAUACACAAAAUAUACUGAAUUCAGAAUAUACCGUAGAAAUGUUCGUUGUUCUUGCUCUGUUAAAACUAGUUGUAUGACAUCAUUAGAACAACGACUCCCACGUUGCACUUUCUCCCGUGAAGCCGCUUAUAUCGAGAUAUAUAAAGAAUGCAUAAGGUUGUUGAGGUACCCACGCAGGUUUCUGAUAUCUCUAAGGAGAGAUAAUUUACCCGUGAAUCCGCACAAUUUAAAACGCCUCACGAAAUCUCAAAUCGAAGCCUCCAUUCGUCGUUGUACGCAAAUAAAGACCAAGAUGAGAUAUGUGGAAUACGCCUUGAGUGGACUAAAUCUUGUUUACCGUGUGAAGUUCUACAACUUUCUUCGUGACAUGCAAGUUAAAAGGAUGCAAACAAAGCAACAAAUCUUGAGUUCCAUUUCUUCGAAGUGUCUCGCUGAGGUGACCCCAAAAACGGAACGUGUCGAGGAGCAAGUCCAACGGCAACAUACUGCGCGCUGGUGAUGCAUCCGGAAAGGAACAUGAUUGUAACUGACUGGCAUGUCAGACCCAAACCUCAUAAGUAACAGCAACAUCAUACGUGACAUUUGCAGUUCGGUGAAUGAUACAUCCUGGAGUCCAAGUAACCUGGUCGUUGCGGUAGUUCUUUGCUAGCACAGGUCGCCCUUUGAAGAAAACCCGGUUCUGAGCAUCGAGUUUCCUGUUGAACUGCUGUUCCAUUUUGCAAUUUCGGUUCAGGCUGUUUCUGUCAGGUGGUUUAACCAAAUCGAGACUGAAUCGUAUUUUUCGUUGCAUCAGUGCUUCAGCCGGAGAUUUACCUUGAGGCACCUGUGGAUUUGGAGUUAUCCCCUAGGCAAGAAGAAAAGUCUCAAGGAUCUCGGUCGUCGGUCCCUCCUCCGCCUUCAGUAAUGCGCUCUUGAAGGUGUCCACGAAUCGCUCUGCUAGGUCGUUCGAAUGUGGAUGGUAU